AUGGGGGAGGAAGUGUCGCCUCUCAGCCCCUCACCUGCUGCCGCCUGUGCCGCUCUUCCUUCGGUAGAACAGCAAGUAGAAAGGGAAUUGCAAAAAACACAGAAUAGGUUUCAUCUGUCUUUGGGAGCAGCUCUCCUCUUUGCUUUCCUUUUCUUCUUCUCUUCUCUCCCCGCCGCCUCCGCCUCCUCCGUUCUGCUUCUGCCUGAUGGCGCUGCUGGUCUUUCUGAAGGCCUUAGCUCGUGGGGAAAUGGGCGCAUUAUCAGCAUCCCUUACAUCGAUCCCCAGUCCACAGAAACGGUAGCGAGGGAGUCGCCUUCGGUUGCUGCCUCCCAGGAUGGCUAUACACCUGAGGCCCCUCGUCUGCAUCUCCCCUUCCGUAUCCGCAGCCUCACCUCCUCUUUCAGCUCAGUCCCCAACAGAUACUCCCCGCCGCCUCUCUUCACAGACGUAGGCGAGCCAUCCCAGCAGCAGCAGCAGCAGCAACAACAGCAGAUUAGCCGUCGAAAUGCUACGGCUUCUGCUACCUCCCCUGACGGCCGUUUGGUCCCCUCAGCCAUCCCUGGUAGACUCAGCCGAAUAGUGGCUAUCGCACGGCAUGGCGAUCCCCUAGCGCAUUCACGCGGGGGAGGAGGAGGGCCCUAUAAUAUCAAUUUACUGUCUAGAAGUAAUUCUGCUUACAAACCGAAAGGCAAUGGAGGUGGGAGGGCCCCCUCUAACUCUUCUUUUCUCCCUCUUGCGAAGAUGUUGGAUUCAAGAGGCGCCUUUGUGCAGAUGGAUCCACCAGUCGAACAGAAAUCGAUUUACCCAAACACUGACUUGUUGGCAGAAGGAUACGACAGCAUGAUGCUGCCUCCCCCGAAGAAGCCGGCAGCACCACCGCCACAACAGCAGCAACAACAGCAGCAACAACAGCAGCAACAACAGCAACAACCACAAACCCCAGGGCAGGCCUCCUCUCCCCCAGGCACUUCCCCUCCAGGCACAGAAGCUCGUUCUCAAGCGCAACAGGUGGCUAGUACGAAUUACAGCGCAGGGGACUACAAGCCAGACACGCCUCCAGAGGGGGCUUCUUCAGGCGAUCCCAGCGCGAGUUCCUCCCUCGACGAAGAAGGGGACUUAAACCUCGAUGAUGAAGGGGCGGUGGGGGGUGAAGACCCUUUUGCUUCCUCCAGCGCGGAUGCAAUGGGAACAAGCAGUACGUUGGGGUAUUCCGAUAUGGGGUAUAUGGGACCGGGGUAUAUGGACCCCUCUAUGGGAUACGCAGGACAUAUGGGGGCGUAUGGGGGAGCGUACAGCGGCUAUGGAGUUCCGGGCUCCCCUUACUACGACUCAUACGGAGGCGCAGGCUUCUAUGGACCAGGAAACAGCUUAUAUGGAAGCUCGGCAAUGUAUGGCGGGUACGGGGGAUAUGGAGGAUACGGUGGAUACGGAGGGGGAUAUGGGGGGUAUGGAGGUGGGUAUGUGGGUGGCGGCUCAAGUAGUUUUGAUGAUCACUAUGAUAACUAUUUAAAAAAGUACGCAAAAGACGCGGCAAAGGAAGACGCAAGGAGAAGACAAGAACAAGAAGAGAAAGAAAGGAAGAAGGAAGAGAAGGCGGCGAAGAAAGCAGAAAAAGAGGAGAAGCGAAGAAAAAAAGAGGAGAAAAAUGCAGCAAAGGAAAAAGAGAAAACGAAAGAAAAGGAGGGGAAAGGCAAAGAGGAAAAGGCUCAAAAAGAAAAGGCAAAAGGGGAGGACGCAGGCAAAGAAAAAGCAGCGAAAGGGGAGAAGGGCAAAGACAAAUCAGGCAAAACAGACAAAGCGGGCGGCGACAAAAAGAAGGAAAAGGAGAAAAAAGAUGCAAAGGGAGACGCAAAGGGCGGGAACGGAAAGGCAGAGGCAAAGGGGAACAAGAAAGACAAGGGAGGGGACAAAGGAGGAAGUAAAGGAGGAGACAAAGGAGGAGGCAAAGGAGGAGACAAAGGAGGGGACAAAGGCGGGAGUAAAGGAGGAGAUAAAGGAGGAGACAAAGGGGGAAGCAAAGGAGGAGACAAAGGAGGAGGCAAAGGAGGAGACAAAGGAGGAAGCAAAGGAGGAGACAAAGGGGGGAGUAAAGGAGGAGACAAAGGAGGAAGCAAAGGAGGAGACAGCAAGAAAGGGGGGGACAGCGGCAGCUCGAAAGGCGGAGGGAAAGAUGCAGGUGGAAAGAAGCAACCCAAAGAAGGCAAACAAGCAAAGCAAACAGAAAAAGGAGCAAAAGGAGGAGAUAAAACACAGAAGUCUGGGGCAGACAAGGGCGAAAAAAAGACGAACAAAACAGAAGCUAAAGCGGGAGACAAGGCAACGACAAAGGGAGACAAAACGGCGGCGAAAGACAAAGCGCAAAAAGCAGCAGGAAAAGAAAAAGAGAAAGCAGGCAAGACAGCAGCAAAGGAAAAGAAGGCAGAAACGGCAACAGGCAAACAAAGUAAGGAGAAAGCAGCAGCUACAGCAGGAAAAGAGAAGGCAGAUAAGGGAGCAGCAAAGGGGAAAGCAGCAGAUAAAGGAGCAGAAAAACAGGGAAAGAAAGGAGACAAAGCAGCAACAAAAGGGAAGUCAGCAGCAGCGAGUGGAGGAGCGAAAGCAGAUAAAAAAGCGGCAAAAACACAGCAGAAAAAGGAGACAGCGGGCCAAGGGAAAGCAGGCAAAGCAACGAAAAAAGAUAAAGCGGCAGCAAAUCAAGACAAAACUGCAAAGAAGAAGAAGGAAAAGGGCGCAGCUAAACCGAACACUGCUACCAACAAACAGAACAAUAAACAAAAACAGCAAAAACUCAUCAGCAGGACGGAGGUGUUGUUUUGCUUUGCGACAGAAACACAGCAUGAACGGAUCCUUACAGUUCUAGUAGCAUCUGUAGUUAAAGAUAAAACUCCUUAA